UUCCCAGGGACGGCCGUCAGCAGGCAAUGACAUCAGUAUUUUGAGCCAACUUGUUAUUCGGAGAGCAAUCAGUUGCAAUUAGGCAUUAAUUAAGUAUUAUGAAAGUUGAUUAUUUAAGUGAAUUCGGCUUUCGUCUCUCCGACUAUGCUGAAAGAAGUAUAUGCACUGACGCAACCUCAGGAAACCCCAAGAUGGCUGCCAAGCGCAAAGGUGGCCUGAAGUUAAAUGCAAUCUGUGCCAAGCUCAGCCGCCAGGUAGUAGUUGACCACAAGGGACCUGAGCAGGGACCUGUCGACAAAGCCCCCCUUGGGUGGGGAAGUGUUGGCAGUGACACUGCUGCUACCAAGGACGUCACCCAGUCUGUGGCGAAGGAGCCAGGGGCCGAGCUUUCUGAGGGGGCGAACCGUGUGCAGAAGAUUGAGGAGGACAAGCGGAGGGAGGUGAUCGAGAAAUGGGUCAAUGGCGAGUACAGCGAAGACCCCCUGCUGGGGCGUAUUGAGAACAAGGAGCCAAAGGCCUCUGAGGGGACAGAGGUGCCCCCCGAGGGGGUGUACAUGGUGCAGCCGAAAGGUUGCAGCGAUGACGAGGAUAAUGGGGAUGAAGCCGAGCCACUGAGGGACUCCCAAGAUGGCAGCUUCCUGGACGACCGAGAUUCGGAUGGGCCUCCCCUGAAGGACGAGAGCUUUCGGGCCCCCAGCAGUGAAGUGAGUUCCAAACUGAGUGGAGGAGCUUCUUCAGGCCGCCUUACUAAGUCUGGAUGGACAAAGGUUCCCACCCAAAUUGUGUGCCCGCUUCUAGGGGAGGCUUCGUCUCUGCGGGACUAUGCUGCUACCACCAUGAGCGAGUUCCUAGGCAUGUUUGGCUAUGACGACCAGAACAUGCGGGAUGAGCUGGCUCGCAAGAUUAGCUUUGAGAAGCUGAACGCUCCUACCUCAGAGGCCAGCCCAGCCACCGUCGCCACAUCCCUUGCUGGCGAGGACGCCCUGAGCAAGAGGGCCCGCUUUUCCAAGUACGAGGAGUACAUCCGCAAGUUGAAGGCUGGGGAGCAAGUCCCGUGGCCUGUUCAUCCGGUUAAGGCUGAGGAGCUGACCAGCAAGCUAGGCAAGGAGGCCCCCAUGGGCUUGGGGCAGCCGGUUCGACUGCCGGCCCCAGAAAGUUCCCUCCUGCCUGAGACGAAAGCCACCAUUUUGCCUCUGCCUUCAUCCAGCAGUUCCCAGAUGCAAGGGCUGAUGUCUCGGGCCUCCAAGUAUGAUUUUUUUAUCCAGAAACUAAAGACGGGGGAGAGUCUCCGGCCACAGAACGGCAAUACCUACAAGAAGGCCUCCAAGUAUGACUUGGAGAACGUCAAAUACUUGCAUCUCUUCAAGCCUGGCGAAGGCAGCCCAGACAUGGGAGGAGCUAUCGCCUUCAAGACGGGCAAAGUGGGACGCCCAUCCAAAUAUGAUGUUAGGAACAUCCAGAAGAUCACCCCAGUCAAAGCUCCAGCACCCAGCUUGGGCCCUAACCCUCUUGCCAGCACUCCCAGCAGCACUCCAGUAGCUGGGCCCGAGCAGCCAGUCUCUCUACCCUUCAACACUCCAGAAUACCUUAAAUCCACUUUUUCCAAGACGGACUCCAUCACCACUGGAACGGUUUCCACUGUUAAGAAUGGAUUAACCACUGACAAACCAGCUGUCACCGAAGAUGUAAAUAUUUACCAGAAAUAUAUUGCCAGGUUUUCCGGAAGCCAGCACUGCGGACACAUUCACUGUGCAUACCAAUACCGGGAACAUUAUCACUGCCUUGACCCGGAGUGCAACUAUCAGAGAUUCACAAGUAAGCAAGACGUGAUCCGGCAUUACAACAUGCACAAGAAACGGGAUAACUCCCUGCAGCACGGCUUCAUGCGUUUCAGCCCCCUGGAUGACUGCAGCGUUUACUAUCACGGCUGCCACCUCAACGGGAAAAGCACACACUAUCACUGCAUGCAGGUCGGCUGCAACAAAGUCUAUACCAGCACCUCCGAUGUAAUGACCCACGAAAACUUCCACAAGAAGAACACGCAGCUUAUCAAUGACGGGUUCCAACGCUUCCGGGCCACGGAAGACUGCGGCACUGUGGACUGCCAGUUCUACGGGCAGAAGACCACUCACUUCCACUGCAGGCGGCCCGGCUGCACGUUCACCUUCAAGAACAAGUGCGACAUCGAGAAGCACAAGAGCUACCACGUCAAGGACGACGCCUACGCCAAGGACGGCUUCAAGAAGUUCUACAAGUACGAGGAGUGCCGGUACGAGGGCUGCGUCUACAGCAAGGCCACCAACCACUUCCACUGCAUCCGGCCGGGCUGCGGCUUCACCUUCACCUCCACCAGCCAGAUGACCUCCCACAAGCGCAAGCAUGAGCGCAGGCACAUCCGCAGCUCGGGCCUGCCGGGCCUGCCGGCCUCCCUGCUGGGCGCCAAGGAGAACGAGCAGGAGGAGUCCAGCAACGACGACCUCAUCGACUUCUCGGCCUUGAGCUCCAAGAAUUCCAGCCUGAGCGCCUCCCCCACCAGCCAGCAGUCCUCCAUCUCCUUGGUCGUCGUCCCGGGCGCGCCCUCGUCGGCAGCCGAGCUGGCCGCCGCGCAGGCCUCCGGCAAGCCUGCAAACCCCUUGCCGUCGGCACCGAAAACCCCCGCCCUGCUCCCUCAGGCUCUCCCAAGCAACGUACCGCUGGCGCUGGCCCUCCCCAACGCAGCGCUGGCGGGCACGGCCGGACCCUACUUCCCCAUCCUUCCCGGCCGGGUCUCGGCCCAACUGCCUGCCGGCUCCACAAGCUUGCUGUCCGCUGGCACGCCCGGUACCAAUCCGGCGUCCGCGGCCAGUUCCCCUUCCCCGGCCCUCUCGGGUUCCGGUGAGGCGGCGGCCACCUCUUCGCCGACCCCGGUGGCGUCCAUCAUGGAGAAGAUCUCUGCCAGCAAAGGCUUGAUUUCGCCCAUGAUGGCCAGGCUGGCGGCAGCGGCGCUGAGGCCUUCCGUGGCGGUGGAGGCAGGAGACGGGCAGCCAACAACUCCUGGGCGGUUUAACCCAACUCAGAUGAAGCAAGAGGCUGCUGAGAAUCCCAGCUCUGGGUCUGCAGCAGCCCAGGAUUCCUUGCAGGAACACAGCCUGGACCUCAGCGUGAAAGAUCAUGGCAAUGAAUCAAAUGGCCACACAGUCUCGGCAAAUUCAUCUCUUUUAUCCUCGCUUAUGAAUAAGGUGUCUCAGAGCAAUCCGAGUCUUGGCAGCCUCCUCGGCUUGAAGGCAGAGAGCGAUGGCAGCCAGCUGGCGGCUGCAGGAGAUGCGACCCAGUAUCUGGGCAAGACAGUGAAGGCUCUUGUUCAGGAGAAACUCGCCGAGCCCUGGAAGAUGUAUUUGCGCAGGUUCGGCACCAAGGAUUUCUGCGACGCCCAGUGCGACUUCCUUCACAAAAUGCAUUUCCACUGUGUGGUGGAAGAAUGCGGUGCUCUCUUCAGCACCGUGGAUGGAGCCGUGAAGCAUGCUAAUUUCCACUUCCGAACAGAGGGGGGCGCCGUGAAGGGAACCUCGGAGCAUUCCUUCCCGACUCCGGCGGAGAGCAAGGCCCCCAUCGCCCCUUCCUCUCCAUCCGCUGCUUCCGCCAUUCUGGCCACCGCCUCGGCCGCGGAUGGGCCCAGCGCGAGUCCGGCGAGCGUGCCGUCCACUCCCACGCUCCUGGCCUGGAAACAGCUGGCUUCCACCAUGUCUCAGCUUCCUGCGUCGGGGCCCGGCCUGGCCACCUCCCCCUUGGCCACCACUUCCCUCGAGAACGCCAAGCCUCAGGUCAAACCCGGCUUCCUCCAGUUCCAAGAGAACGAUCCUUGCCUGGCAACGGACUGCAAGUAUGCCAACAAAUUUCACUUCCACUGUCUCUUUGGGAACUGCAAGUACGUGUGCAAAACCUCUGGGAAGGCUGAGUCCCACUGCCUCGACCACAUCAACCCCAACAACAACCUGGUGAACGUGCGCGAUCAGUUUGCCUACUACUCCCUGCAGUGUCUCUGCCCAAACCAGCACUGUGAGUUUCGGAUGCGGGGGCACUACCACUGCCUCCGUCCCGGCUGCUUCUUUGUGACCAACAUCACCACCAAGCUCCCCUGGCACGUGAAGAAGCACGAGAAGGCUGAGCGGAGGGCCGCCAACGGAUUCAAGUACUUCACCAAACGCGAGGAGUGCGGCAGGCUAGGCUGCAAGUACAACCAGGUCAACAGCCACUUCCACUGCAUCCGCGAAGGCUGCCAGUUCUCCUUUCUGCUGAAGCAUCAGAUGACGUCCCACGCCAGGAAGCACAUGAGGAGGAUGCUGGGGAAGAAUUUUGACCGCGUUCCCACUCAGGUCGUGGGCCACGCUGCCAGGAAUGACAGCCUCCCUCCUGUGGGCAGCCUGGCCCCCAGCCCAGCCUCAUCAGGGACUCCUGCCUCCUUUCAGGGAGCCCCCGGCCUGAUGGACCCCGAGACAGAGGAGUACUUCGAUUACGCGGGAUGCAGCCCCGGGGCCAUCUCCUCGGAGUCCUCCAACAUGGACCGCAGCUGCUCCAGCACGCCGGUGGGCAACGAAAGCACGUCGGCAGGCUGCCUGGCUGCUCUUCCUCCUCCUCCUGCUGCUGGUGAUGAUGUUGCCCACAAUGCACCACAACCACCACCUCUGCCUCCAUCUUUCUCACAAGCCCUGCUCAGAUCCCCCCUCCCCUCCCUCCCCUACCUCUUCUCCCCAUCUUGUGUCUCAUACUCUCUGCUAAGUGCCACCCUGGGAUCCAGCAGGGGCAUUGUCUUGCCCACCGCCAGCUCGACAGGGCUGUCACCCAUCCUUGCCACUCCAACUCCAGUCAAAAGCGAUGUCCCGCUAGUGCAGGAUGCGGCAGGGAACACCAUCACCAUGCCGACCGCCGCGGGGGCCAAGAAGCGCUUCUGGAUCAUCGAGGACAUGUCCCCCUUCGGCAAGCGCCGCAAGACCCCUUCCUCCCGCAAGAUGCUGGACGAAGGGAUGAUGCUGGAGGGCUUCCGGCGGUACGACCUCUACGAGGACUGCAAGGACGCCAACUGCCAGUUCUCCCUCAAGGUCACGCACUACCACUGCACCCGGGAGAACUGCGGGUACAAGUUCUGCGGCCGCACCCACAUGUACAAGCACGCGCAGCACCACGACCGCGUGGACAACCUGGUGCUGGACGACUUCAAGCGCUUCAAGUCCUCCCUCAACUGCAGCUUCCCUGACUGCCAGUUCUCCGGCAACAGCACGCACUUCCACUGCCUGCGCUGCGGCUUCCGCUGCACCGACAGCACCAAGGUGACGGCCCACCGCAAGCACCACGGCAAGCAGGACGUGAUCAGCGCCGCCGGGUUCUGCCAGUUCAGCUCCAGCGUGGACUGCGAGGUGCCCGAGUGCAAGUACAAACUCAAGUGCUCCCACUUCCACUGCACCUACCCGGGCUGCAAGCACACCGUGGUGGGCAUGUCGCAGAUGGACUCGCACAAGCGCAAGCACGAGAAGCAGGAGCGUGGGGAGCUGCCGGCCAUCUCCCCGGGCCCCGAGGGCCUGCCCCCCUCCGCCCUGGAGCUGGAGGCCCAGAACCCGCCCGUCAGCCUGGACGGCUCCCUCAACCUGGGCACGGAUGCCAGCGGCUCCCUCUUCUUCCUGCAGAACGCCGCAGGCGUGGGGCUCAACGACUCCGUGGACCUCAGCCAGAAGCCCCCCGAGGGGACGGGCGGCCCCCCUCCCACCCCGGGGGAGAGCCUGGCCCCUGCGGCCAGCAAGCGGUUCCUGGCCAGCUGCGGCAACGUGGAGGAAGGGGACGAUUCUUCCCACGACGAUGACGACGAGGAGGAGGAGAUGAACGAGGAGGAAGAUGAGGAGGAGGAGGACGAAGAUGAGGAGGAGGAGGAAGACGAGGAGGAGGAUCUGGACACCGAUUCCGAAGAGUCGCUUCCUGAUCCAGAGGGCCUGCCCGCUAAAGACAUUAGAGAACUGGAGGAGGCCGUUCCUUCCACCACAGACCCCAGUGGCACUUCCACGCCGUCCGGCGAGCGGGCCUCUGCCCCGGCCCCCGAGGCCUCCCCUUAAGGUACACCGUGGGAGCAGUGGGCGCGGGGGCCUGGCCUUUGCAGAGAGAGCAAGCAAAAUUGCAUGAACAGGAGACCCUGCUGUGUGAGGGGAGGCAAGAACACAUGCUAGAAUGGCGAGCGGCAAAACCGACUCUACCCCAGAAGGUGCGCAAG